UCUUUGAUGUCAAAGCCCAUAGUUAAAGAGUUACCACAAUUUAUUGCUACUCAAGUUCAAAGUUCAAACACGAUGCUUCUUCCUUCCAGCUUUUCCCCUCAGGAAUAUCAAUAAUUCAAAGGGGUUAAAAUUAGAACCAGCCCAGCAAUCGUCACGUUUAAGGUUUUUUUAACCAAAAAACAAAAUUACUUCCAAAAAGCUAUCUUUAUUAACUUUUAAUUGACCGUUUGGCGGUUUCUGCAGAGCCUAAAUUUCGAUACCAAGAGAAUGUUGAUCGAUAAGAACUACCAUCAUGAUAUCAUUAGCAACCUCCCUGAAUGUUUAAGGAUGGCCAUUUUAACGCACUUGCCCCAUCUAGAAGCUGUAAGGACAAGUGUGCUCUCAAGUAAUUGGAAAUAUACAUGGACCAAGCUUUCACACAUUAAACUUGAUGAGACACUUUGGCCAAAAACAAGUGUGAGUAAGGAUUCAGCAUUCCUAACAUGUGUCAGGCGUAUCUUCCAUAUUGUGCUGAACCAUGAAGGUCCUAUUACAGAGGUCACAAUUGCAUUGUCCAAACUGAAAGAUUGCCCUGAAAUUGACAACUUACUCCUUAUUCUGUCAAAAAGUGAUGUUGAGGGCCUCACACUUAAAAUUCAGGCUGGCCAAUGUCUAUUGCCUUCAUCGUUUUUCAAAUGUAAAAAUCUGAAACACGUUUCACUUUAUUCCUAUCGGGUUCAUCUGCCUUCCAAUUUCACAGGAUUUAACCAACUUCUUGCUAUUAAAAUGGAUUUGGUAAGCAUUGGUUCAGAACAACUUGCAAGUCUUGUUUCUUCUUGCCCGCUACUUGAACAUUUAUGGCUCAGAAUUUCUUCCACAUAUACAUAUGAAUCUCUUGAGAUUCAUGCUCCUAACCUCAAAUGCUUUAAGUUCUUUAGCCGUAUAAAAGAUAUUUGUUUCAAAAACAGCCCAGUCCUCAAAGAUGUAUGGGUUGUAGAUUGUACGAAGAUUGGACAACAUUCAAUAUCAGGAUACUCUAAAGUUGUAGAGCUCUUCAGUUCUCUGCCUGAUCUAAGGUUUUUAUGUUUUGAUCAUAAAUUCACAAAGUGUAUAGCUUCUGGUGGAGUCCCAGCAACGCCAUGUUUGACUGCUGUCCACCUUAAUGCUGUUAAACUUUGUAGCUUUUGUUUAGAAGACACUGUGGGAAUGGCAUUUGUACUUUUUCUGCUUAGAAUAGCGCCUAACUUGCAAGAUAUCACCAUUUAUCUAGACGAUUCUCAUGAUGCCGUUUCUUCCCAAAGUCCUUCCCUCCAUUCUCUCGAUAUUGAAGAAUAUUCAGACGUGAAACUGGAUAAGCUGAGGAUGGUAAUGCUGAGAGAAUUUGCAGGUGCUAAGAACCAAUUGAGGCUUGCAAAACUUCUUUUAAUCAAAUCUCCGGUGCUCAAGAAAAUGAUUAUAAAAGCCAAUACCAAAGUGUGUACUGAAAAGCAACUCCUGAUACUUAAAGAGCUAGUACGAUUUCCCCGACCAUCACCAAUGGCAGAGAUACACUAUUCAUAGGGUUCAAUAAGUCGUUGCUAAGUCCUUGGAACUUUGGGGAAGCAUUUCAAUAACAAGACCUUUUCUGAGACAGUGAGACGUGAUGUCUUGUUAGAGAAAUCUUUUUGCUCGUGUAUCUUGAACUUGCAAGAAUUAUGUUUUUUUUCUCUUAGUGUUGUAAUUUAACUGGAAUGUUAAUUUUUUGCUUUAAACACUUAGGACCUGUUUACUUGGCUGUUUAAAUCACCGUUAGUUUACUAAGAAGCUUGAAGUAAACAUUUUAGGCUGGGUAAAUAAAUGCUUGCUAAACAAUUCACCCUACCCCUG